AUGUGCGCUGGCGACAUUAACGUCGUCAUCGGCAUCGUUUCAACUGCAGCUUAUGAAGGAAACCUCCGGCUUGUAAAUGGAUCGGACUACACAGAGGGUCGACUCGAAAUCUUCCACGACGACCAAUGGGGCUCGAUCUGCGACAACACCUGGUUCGGCGACGACGCUUCGGUCGCCUGUCGUCAGAUGGGCCUCGGUAAUGUCAAGUAUGCUUACCAGGACUAUGGACCAGGCCAGGGACCUGUACAUCUAGAUGAUGUGGACUGUCGCGGUACUGAGAUGUACAUUACGACCUGUCAGAAGGGUGAUUGGGGAGUAAACAACUGUGGACACGAUUCAGAUGUCGGCAUGUCGUGUUUUCUCUUUGAAGGUAAAUCAAUGCCGAUUGGUCUGUUUCUUAACUUUGGAUGGAACCUGAAGACGGUGACGUUCGUCUAA